AUGAGAAUUCUUGCACUACACGGGGUGGGCUCUUCGGGAGCUAUGCUCAAGGAACAGUUGAGUCCGCUGGCCGGCCAACUGGGACAAACCUACCAAUUCACAUUCUUCGACGGUGCAGUAUCCUGCAAUCGUGGACCGGGCAUGCCCGAAUGGUUCUCUGGUCCAUUUUACUCAUAUGUGACGGGUUAUUCACCCGCCGAGAUGCAAGAAGCCCUCGAGGACUUAGAUGACUUUAUCGAGGAAAAUGGACCCUUUGAUGGAGUUCUAGGUUUUAGUCAAGGGGCAUCGAUCGCCGCUGCGUAUAUCAUCGACCGCCAGACGCGAGAGCCCAAUCUUCCCGCGGCGUUUAGCUUCGCAGUCCUAAUUUCCUCUGUGGGAGCAUGCGCCGCCGACCCUAGCUGCCUCGAGAGCUUGAUUCGGAAUCUGGUGGAACACUCGCCGUUCGCAUUCAGAACCGAUUUUCCGCGAUGCGACUUCGAGUUGGUUGGACCAACCGAACGCGUCUUCGCCGAGUACCUCGCCCUCGUUCAUCUGGCGAUCAAGGCGAUCGGGAUCAAAAAGCCGACCAUUGAGUUGGACUUUUUCAAGACUCUCGACGUAGAUUCUGUCCCGCGGCUUUUUCAUCCCAUGCUGGUUAAAGACCGCAUUAGCAUUCCCACAGUACAUGUGACGGGAAGGAAAGAUAACACAUCGAUGGUGCAUCAAUCUCGAAUCGUUCAGGGACUAUGCGAUGAGUCAAUGCUACGCGCCCACCGCCAUCAGGGUGGACAUAGUCUGCCUUUGAAGGUGAAUGAGAUAAAAGAUCUAGCGGUGUCAAUCGAGUGGGCUGCCGAGCGAGGAAGGGAUCGGACGGCGCUGCAUCGGGCUGGAUUUAAGAUUUAG